AUGGCGGCCGGGGGUCCCGUCCAGGAGCUGUGCGAGGAAGCCUCUUGCUCCGUCUGCCUGGACUUCUUCAGGGACCCGGUGACCAUUGCGGAGUGUGGCCACAGUUUCUGCCGCGCCUGCCUGACCCGCAGCUGGGGGGAGUCGUGGGCAGAGGCUUCCUGCUGCCCCCAAUGCAGAGGGCGAGCGCAGGAGGGGACCCUCCGGCCCAACCAGCAGCUGGCCAACUUGGUGGGGAUAGCCAAAAAGUUCACUCUGCAGGAGGGAAAAGAGGUAGAAGCGACGGGGGGAGAAGGCGAGGGGGGCGUCUGCGAGCAGCACCAGGAGCCCCUGAGGUUUUUCUGCAAGGAGGACGAAGCCCCCCUCUGCGGGGUCUGCCGCAGAUCGGAGGAGCACAAACAGCACCAGGUGAUCCCUCUGGAGGAGCCUGCCCGAGAGAAGAAGGAGACAGUCGUAGCAGCCAGAAAGGAGAGAGUUUGCCAGAAGCACCAGGAGCCGCUGAAGUUCUUCUGCAAGGACGAUGAAGCCCCCAUCUGUGUGGUCUGUGACCAGUCCCAGGAGCACAACGAUCACGAAAUCAUUCCUGUGGAGGAGGCUUCCCAAAAGUACAAGGAUCAGUUCUGCAAUUGUAUGGAGGUUCUGCGGAAGGAGAAGGAAAAAAUUCUGGCGCAUAAAGCCAGUAUCGUGAAGGAAAGCCAAGACCUGCUCAAGCAAACCAAAGGAGAGCGGCAGAAGGCAGUGACCAAGUUCAGGCAAUUGCAUAAGUUUCUGGAUAAGCAAGAGAAGUUUUUGCUGACCCAGCUGGAAGAGGAGGAGAGGGAGGUGGAAAGGAAAAGGGACCAGCACCUGGCUGAACUGUAUGAGGAACUCUCCUCUCUUGAAAGCCUCAUCCGGGAGAUGGAGGAGAAGUGUCAGCAGCCGGCCAGUGAACUCCUGCAGGAUGCCAGAAGCACCUUGCAGAGGUAUGAAGAAAAGGAGGCGUUUGAAGAUCUAGUGGCUUUUCCUCUUGCAUUGAGGCGGUGCAUCUGUGACAUCUCAGAUUUAAGUCUCCUGUUGGAAGACAUCAAGAAGCAAUUCAAAGACGCUGUGGAUUCUGGACUUCACCUGCAGAAAGCAGCAAAUGUGACUUUGGAUCCAGACACGGCCCAUCCCCAACUCAUCCUGUCUGAGGAUUGGAAAAGCGUCAGACGGGGAGAAAAAGCUCAAGCUCUGUCCAGCAAUCCUGAGAGAUUUGACCAAUAUGGUGCUGUGCUGGGCCGUGAGGGAUUCACAGCAGGCCGCCAUUUCUGGGAAGUCCUUGUGGGAAGUGAGGAAAGAUGGGCUGUGGGGGUGGCCAGAAAGUCUGUGGGGAGGAAGGGAGAGUUAUUAUUUAGUCCUGAGGGAGGGAUCUGGGCUGUGGGGAAGUGGGGGGGACACUACAGGGCUUCCAUAAAAGACCGUGAGCCUCCCCUGUCCCUGACCGGGGAGCCCAAGAGGAUCCGAGUCCGCCUGAACUACGCUGGGGGCCGAGUGGCCUUUUUCGACGCUGACCGAGGAUCCCUGAUCCACGAGUUCUCCGGAGCCUCCUUCUCUGGAGAGACCCUCCUGCCCUUCUUUUGGGUGUCUGAAAAAGGCCACCUCAAACUCUCUUCUUAA